AUGUCCGAGGAAAGGGCGCCAGCGUCGGGGACUGGGAAUGCUGAUGCAUCGACUGCUCGUAGACAGCAAGAACCGUUUGAUAGCGCUGAGCUUCCUUUCCUGGUGACGCAUUGGUUACGAAAUUUUCCUUCAAGCCAAGACAGUGGUGGAACAACCACCAGCUCUGCGGAGGAGAAACAUGCGGCAUUGGCACGCAUCCAACGAGCGGCAGGAGAUUUGGCAUCCGCGUUCUCAACUCUUGGAGCGUUUGGUAGCUCCACGGUGGCCUCCCUGAAUCUCAGCGUGGAGAAUCAGCAAAAGCCGGAUCCUCCACACGAAACCCGUCGAAACGUAACCUUUGAUGAUUUGAGUCGCCAAUGGGCAGGUGUCCUCCCUGGAAAUCAUUUGAACAAUCUAGUCAACGCCGCCGCUACAACGGCUAUAGCUACAGAAGAUGUUGUGAGUCACUGUGCUCCGUCAAAUUUGGUGGACGCCGCCAAUGAGGCCAUUCAUCAGCAACGCCGAAACCCAACCAGUGGAAGGACCGUUCAGGAUGCGAUUGACUUGGAACAAGUUACUAACAAUAACGCCAACGACGAAGCGGAGGUUGUCGUCCCUGUCAAACCAUCCAUUCUUCAACCGCCUGCCAAGGUUGACUUUGAUUUUGGUCGCGACGGUGACCAAGCAAAGUCCAAAGCCACCGACAACAAUACACGCAAAAUGCCUGCACUAGAGUCGGAAAUGAAAGACUUGCAGAAAAAAUCAUCGCAGGCUAUGCGUACAUAUCUCGAACUGAAAGUGACUUAUCAGAGCCAGGAAGAGGAAAUCAGAAAGCUGUCGGCCUCGUUGGAAUUACAUGAGCGCAACAAGCAGUCCCUUCAACACAAACGACUCGCCGGUGGCGCUUCCUUGGAUGACACAGAGAUGGUUCCCAGUGAAGAAGAACAGAAUGCAAGCCGUGUCAUUGCCCAACUGGAACGAAAACUAGGAGAUCUGUCGCCGAACCACGCCAAAACCAAGAAGGAGCUUGCAGAGGCCAAGCAGCAAGCAUUCUCAAACUAUGAAAACGCAAAAAAAGCCUUGCUGGGACAUCGGGAUCCAUUUUGUGAUGCAGCACAUCGUCGACCAGGUUUUGGUGCCAAUGUCGCUCAAAACAAUGGAAUACUCCGGUCAUUGGAAACUCGUCGAUUGGGGCUACAGAACCGACAAUCUAUCGCAAGCUUGCACCACGGACUGCAGCAGCCAUCCCUCGCGGAAACGCGGAUACGCAGCGCAGUGCUGGAGUCUCGGCUUUCCCAUGCAGUGACUAUGAAUUCACACUUGCAUUACCCGGUAUACUCGAUUCGUUUCGAUACGACCGGUAGAUACUUUGUGACCGGUGCUGAUGACACCUUGGUGAGAGUCUUUUGUCUUGGCGCGAAGCAACGGAUUGAUGAGACCGGGAAAGGGGUGCUACCAAGCCAAGAUCAAACUAUUCGGGGCGCUGUUCUUGUUUGUACUCUCAAAGGCCACGCAGGUGUGAUCAACGCUAUUGAUAUUUCAGCCGACAAUUGCUUCAUUGCGACAGCAUCAGAUGAUUGGGAUUGCCGAGUCUGGGGCUUGAAAGACGGGGCGCCCGUGGCUAUUUUGCGAGGUCACGCAGGCGGAUGUCACAUGGUCCGCUGGUCAAAACUGACCCCGUAUCGACUUGUCACUGCGGGCGAUGAUGGGCUUGGGAGAGCAUGGGAUAUCCGCCUGGCAGCUCUCAAGAGAUACGGCAGCGUGGUUGGAAAACGACCCGAAUACGCUCUUCGGCUGACAAAAGAAGAUAGAGUCCGCAGUUCACACAGUGUUGAGGAGAAUGCGGAAGCGGAAGAGCGCCCUUCUGGGGAACCAGCAGUGGCGAUUCCGCCCAUUCCAGAUCGACCAAACGCGGACCUGCCGCCUGAAGGUGCACCCGCCAAUGCCGGCCAACCCCCAGCUCUUCGAGACCAGCCGAUGCCAGAUGCCGACCAAGCUCCAGCUCUUCCAAACCUGCCAAUGCCUCCCCCGUUGCCAUUGCCACCGCCAGCCGACGCAGCAGUUGCUGCUCCAGGCGGCAACAACAAUGACAAUAAUAACAAUAUAAACAACAACAAUGGAGCCAAUCAAGAUGCGAACAAUGCAAUCAACGCUGCCAUUGCUCAACGGAGAUUUGUGGCCAAUGGCGAAAUCGAUGAAGGUGUAAAGCUUCUGGCCAAGUUCCAACACGGAGCCUCACUGGAAGAACGAAUGGCUGCGCCUGGAACUCGGUCGCGAAGGGCUCCAGUUAGGAUUCUCUGCUUGGUGAGAAGUCCUUUUGGAGGUCACUUUGCCACCGGUGCAUCUGAUGGAAUCUGUCGAAUCUGGGAAGACGAAGAAGACCAAGACGUGGAAACGGUGGACAAGAGAGCCUGCAAGGCAUCAUUUGACUGGAUUCAUGGCCGUGGCAGUGAAAAAUCAGUUCGAAGAGGGUCGCGUGUAUCUAAUCCCAGCAAGCUGAUUCUGCAGCUCAAAGGGCAUUUGAACCCAAUCACAGAUCUCCAGUACUCGCAUGCAGGAGACCGCAUUAUGACUGGCAGUCAAUUGGAUGGCGUUGUAAGGAUUUGGUCGUGGGAUAUUGAUCCUUCAAUCCCAGAUUUGAGGCAGCAGAGCAAGGACAGAGGAGUGCGUAGUAUUGUAAUCAAGUUGACCAAUCCAAUGGCCUCAACAUCUAGCGAACCGAAAAAGAGUCGUCGACGAGUAGCAGCGGGAAGUGCAAGCAACAAAGAGUCGAAGAUUCAACUGGAUGUUGCAGUUUGGACACACGAUGACUCCAAAAUCAUCACCUCCCAGUCCCAGAUGAUACGAGAAGGGAAGAUGCAACCAGAUACAAACUUCAUGUUCUUAUGGGACGCCCAAACGGGUCACUGUCUGUUGGGGAUUGCAGGGGGGCAUUCAAUGAAUUGUCAAGUGAUCCUGCCACAUCCAACCAACAGUUCCGUUUUCUGUAGCGGAGGUUUGGAUGGCUACAUGAAGGUGUGGGAUGUAGAAACUGGAAAGUGCAUCUUUUCCCAUAAGAAUGAGCCAAAAUUUGGUCAGGGCGACGCCGCCGAGCGUGGGGGGUUCCUGGACGGUGCGUGUUUCCCAGAUGGCACCGGAUUUAUCUUGACGGACAACAGUGGCAGCAUCUGUGUGUUUGACUCGAUAUUGACCGCUGCAAAGCAGAAACCCUCCAGCGACCCGUCAUCACUUCCAACUCUACCGCCUCCGCCCAGUUGGUUGAAGGAGCAGUACUUCUCCAAUGACUACUAUGAUCUGUACUACGACACAAACGGCUACUGCGUCGAGCAGGGCUCAGAAAUGCCUCCUCAUUUGGCCCCUCGAGGUGUCAGAUGUUCGCAUUCCGGAGCACCGUUCCCAAACACUGCUAAAAUCACAGAAGCUUUCAAGACAGUGGUUCGUCCAUUGCCUUCUUCUGUUAGGGACUGUCAGUGGCUUCGAGAAUCCAUACGAUCUCGAGCACGCGUGGCUAGGACCAAAACACGAGUGUCGAGCAAGCAUAGACGAGCCAAUAUCAUGCAGGAAUUUGACCCACUCACCACAAUUCUUGUUCGAAGCUCUGGAGAGGUAAUUGAAACCAGAAAUGAGAACGGGGAACUCGUGGUUCCAACUUCCCUGUCUACUGUUGUUGCAAGUCCCCCUGGCGCCAAUCGUCAAUUCCCGUCACCGAGUCGACGAACGUCGGACAACGAGCCAAGGCGUUCGUCCUACUCGGGGCGUCAACUUUCUACCAAUUACCGCUGGCGAGACUACACGGAUAUGCUUCGGGAGGAGAGGAACUUUGAUGACGACUCGGACGACGAAGAGUUUCAGCCCGCGGCAGCAAGAGACAGGACGCCGUCAUCUCAAAGAGGAGAUAGCGACGAUGAAUCCGAAGAUCUCCAAGAGGCCAGCCCCUCGCCUCGAACAACGUCUCGACAGCAGACGUCGCGUCAACAAGCGUCCCGACAACAAGCUGCUCCAAGGAGGAGAGCUGCAGAAACUGUCGAAUCCCCAGAAGUGCUACAGCCGUCGCGGUCGUCGAGAAGACGUCUUGUUCGCGAAAGGGGCCGAUACCUUGAAAGCGACUCGGAUGAAGAAGUUGUGGAGGAGUUUUUGAGCACGAACAACGAUCCGUCUGGCCCCCACGUGGAAGACUACAAUACACAUUUCUUCAAGCUGCCUUCCAGCGGGCCCAAAAUUCAGAAGGAUUGGUUGCGGCGAGUUGAAUCUGACAGUUCGUUCUUAGGGCGCAAAGUUUAUGCUCCACAGGUCGGCGAUACUGUGGUCUACAUUGCGCGUGCGCACUUUGAGACUCUUCAAUCGUUUGCUUCCAUGAAGGUGCCUUUUCAUGAUUGGCCUCAGGAAGCUGAAUGGCCUGUAGUUCGCUGUUGCAUUCGUGACAUUCGCUACCGCUUUCCUUACAUUAACUUUUACGGAGGCCGGAAUUCGCAGAGGAGCCCCCAAUGUACCAGUAUUGUUGCUAUCUUGACUUUGGAAGUCACUGGUAUCCCAAUGGGUCAACGUGAUUUCCAGUGGCAGUUGCCGCAGUUUGUCGAGCCAGCAAGGAGCCACAUUUUUGAGGUCGGACUCUUUCAAAGUGACCACGAGGAAUACAUCAUUCCCUUUGAUCGGUAUCUUUGGAGCCUACAAUGCCUAGAAGAGGCUAUAGUCUCCAAACAUUAUUGCUGCGAGGGCAUCAAUGUAUCUUGUCGCUUCGUCAACGAAGACACCGAUGACGAGGACGCCGACCUCAUAUUGUACGCAGGAAAGUUGGAAGACUUUGGUCAACGUGAUACAGACAACAACGACGCAAACCUUAACAACACGGGGUACGAAUCGAUUCGAAUUGGAUGGACCGAAAAUGGACAGCACAGUAGUGUGAGUCCGUGGGAUGUGAUUGUAGACAGACCAAAGUCGAAGAAGUUGAGACUCAGCCGGCCAUGCCUAGACGAUGACGAGAAGAAGAGAGCUCGCGAUGCCCUGAAGAAUCUGAAACGCAUCCCGCAAGUAAGAGAACAGCUCAUUUGCGCCGUCAACCAAAGGCAAUACACGGAUUAUUCAUGUAGGGUUGAAGUGCCGAUGCAUCUCGGUUUUGUGGAACGUCGAUUGGAAGCGAAUUACUACUCGUCGCGAAUGAGCAUAGUGGCCGAUGUCAAACUUAUUCGGGACAAUUGCUUGAAGUACAACGGGGAAGUUGGGCUUCUUCAGGAUGGAGCCAGAGAAAUGUAUGAUCAGUUUGAACGUGACGUGCUCAACGAAGAAGAGCGAACACUCUUCAGAGACGUGAAGGUCACAAUCGCCAACAAAACAAGGCCAGAGUCCACCAGACCCAGGUCAUCAUUGGAGAAUUUGCCUGAGCCCCCUGCUAGUCACGAGGAAAGUGGAACGUCCAGCAGAAGGCGAUCCUUGCGCAUUCGAAUUGACUCGUCCCAAGUGCAGGCUUCACAGGCGGCCAUGGCCCCUGCCAGAGCACUACGAUCUAAUUCUGAGGUGUCAGAGAUAUCGAAUGAGGCCCCUUCAGCAUCGUUCGCAAACGCAAUGGCUCGUGGUCGUCAGCCUCGAAGGAGUUCCAGCAGUAACGGGCAAGCAGCACCCAACAGAGGGGGCCGUCGGGAUAGAGGCAGAGCCCGAGGUUCUGCCGAACCCGAGACUGCACAGCCCCCGAUCGCUCCCCCACCUCAGGGGACAAGGAGGUCUGCAAGAAUGCGGGGAAUGCAGGCCAAUCCCGAAUCAGAAAACUUGUCUGUUGCCCGCUCCCACGGCCACGACAAUGGCGAAACUGUUUCCAGAAGCCGUCGAGAGCGCGCAAGAAGCACCGCUGCACGACCACCUCCCGCUGAGGAAAACCCGUCUGAAAGUGAGGAGAGUGACGCAAAACCUCCUGCGCGUCAAACUAGAAAUUCGAGGCGUGCAAGCUUCGGAAGAGACGCCGAAAGCGAGUCAGAACAACCACCAAGCCCCCAGGCAACUCGAACAUCUUCUCGGUCUCGAAGCAUGGCAGGCUUGAAAAGAGAUGUGGAAAGCGAGCCAGAACACCCACCGAGCCCUCAGGCUACUCGAAGAUCUUCUCGGUCUCGAAGCAUGGUAGGUUUGGGAAGAGAUGUGGAAAGCGAGCCAGAACACCCUCCGAGCCCUCAGGGUACUCGAAGAUCUCGGUCUCGAAGCAUGACAAGCAUGGGAAGAGCGAUCAAAAGCGAGUCAGAACACCCCACUAGCCCCGAGGCAGCUCGAAGAUCUUCUAGAACUCGAAGUGGGACAAGACGGUCCGAUGCCCAGAGUGAAUCAGAUGAAGAAGAGCCAAACCAUUCAACACCGAUGAACAACCGAAAACGCAGAGCUCGACCCAGUCUCCAGGAAUCAGACAAUGACGAGGUCGAAGAUUCCAGCGACCAAGAGAGUGUUGAAGAUAAGGUGGAGGAAAUGGAAGAGGAGGAAGAAGAGGCAUCCAAUUCCGAAUCGGAAGCCCCUUCCCCCGAGGAACCGUCGGCGAGGAGAUCGAGCAGAAGCUCACAAAGACGAUCUUCAGUCUCCUCCAUGAACAACCGGACAAGCCGCAGAGGUUCUCAACCCUCUGUCGCUUCUUCUCGACGAUCUUCCAGAGGAGGCCAAGUAGCAUCCUAUGCUGAACAUUCUGGGUCUGAGUUCUCGGAAAUAGAACCUUCCGAAAGUGAGGAAGAAGUAGAGAAACCCCAGCGUCGUAGUCCACCCAAGAAGCGUGCGCGAGGGAAGGCUAAGGGCAAGGCGAAAGCGAAACAAUCGCCCAAGAAACGCAAGAGCCCAGCCAAGACACAAAGGAAGCGAAAGAGAGCGGAUGAAUUCUCGGACGAAUCAGAAGAAGAUGAUUAUGAUUAUGUAGUCCAACGAGAUGAACAACCAGCUCGACGAAAGAGGACAAAGAUUUGGCAUGAGAUUGACUCGAAGCACAUUACCUCGGUCACGCGAAGCAUUUUAGAAUUUUACCGUUGUUUGGAUGAACAGGAAGUCUUUGCAGUUCCGGUUGCGGAAAAGCACCCGGACGUCAAACAGGCGUACAAUCAAAAGAUAUCCACGCCCAUGGAUUUCCAAACUAUUGAGGAAGAUCGAAUCCAAUAUUACAGCUCCAUUACAGAGCUCCAAAAGGACCUCAUUCUCACUUUCCAGAAUUGCAUUGAUUUUAAUGGAACACUAUCCGACUAUGGCCAAUUUGCGCAGCAAUUGUUGGACAUGCUGGAUGAUGCAUUUGAAAAAGCCGUUGCUGACCUGCCUGGCAGAUGA